ACAUCAACUAUCUAGAUGUGAUCUGCUCAAGAGUGACGUACUGUACCUCAUCAGCUCACUUACAAUGUGUGAUGACUUUAAUAUUUUUCUCGAGUCAAUCAACUUGUUAGCCCCUUAACUGUUGGAGUCAAAAGUCGGCCAUUUAAGGAUUCUAUCAACUGCCUACCACACCUGACUUGACAAAACUCGCGGGACCCACAACAAUGGACAUCGUACUCGAUUUCGACGGCACAAUCACAAGGCACGACACCAUCGCCACCCUCGCCGCGCACGCCAUCUCCAAGAACGGCGGCGCGGCGGCCGCAGCAGACUGGGACCAUAUCAUCAAGGCAUACACCCUCGACCACGCGAGAUACGUGGCCGGAUACUCACCCGCCGCCGCCGAAAGGACGACCCCGGCCCAGGAACUCGCCUUCCUCAACGGCCUCCGCGCCCUCGAGCAGGCCUCCCUCGACAGAGUCUCGGACUCGGGCCUCUUCCGCGACCUGGCGCCCGACGACCUCGCGCGGCUCGGCGAGUGCGCCGCCGUCCGCGAUGGCGGCGGCCGGGUCGAGAUUCGCCGAGGGUUCGCCGAGCUGCGCGACGGGCUCUCGCGGCGGGGGCGCAUCGCCGUCGUGUCGGCUAACUGGUCUGCCGACUUCAUCCGCGGCUGCUGCGGUGGCGGCGGCGGGCUGGACGUCGUCGCCGCCAACUUGGUCGAGUUCCCGACGGGGAGGGUCCGCGGCGUCGUGCCUGGCGGAGACGGGGAGCUGGUGCUCACGGCGCGGGAUAAGUACCGGGCUCUGGAGGCGGUGGUGAGGCGGUGGGGUAGGAGGCCUGGGGAGGUGGUCUAUGUGGGGGACUCUGGUACCGAUCUGGAGUGCCUGCUUGCGUGUAGGGGUAUUGUCAUUGCUGAUGACGGGGAGGGGACCCUGUUGGAGACGCUCAGGAGGCUGGGGUUCGAGGUAAGGCAUGUUGCUGAGUGUGGGACGGACUUCAGGCUUGCCUGGGCGAAGGACUUUAAAGAGAUUCUGGACAGUGGGAUCUUAGGUGGCCCGGUUGCAACAGUGGCUCCCGAAGGGAUGGACUGAUUCGGUGUCAAAGACGGGUGUUUUCCUUUCCGUCUUGGGUUGAAGCUACAUCAGUUGCUCCUCGGUGGUCUUUGUUCUUAUGGUGGUCAAGCUGCCCUUUGGCCCACUGAAGACAAAGGGCACACACAGUUCCUGGGCCAAUGAAUUAGUCGGUCCAUUGCGGACGCCUGUGCAAUUAACAUCAAAGAAGCUCUAUACAAGAGCUGCCUUGCGAGGUUA